AUGGCGGCGCCAGCAGAUGCCCCCGUCGAGCGCCGCGCGCGCCCGCGCCUGGCUGCGGCGACUGGCAGCGCCGACGCAGGGAUGUGGAAAUACGUUGAGCUUGACGAGCUGAAUGCCAGCUACUUGAAGUUCCAGGUUCUGGCAGGGGCGGCGAGGCCGAAGGUGGCCCUCUCGGAGGGGGCCACGCGGCUGGCGAACAAGAUGGCGCUUGACUUCGGCGGGGUUUGGGCGAGCGCGGAUCUCGCCAAACAGCAUGCCCUGUCCAUUGUCGCCUUGUGCGUGGACUUGGGCAUGGCCUGGGGCCCAAAGAGCGACUUCCCCCUCGCCCUCGUUGUCGGUUGCUUUGCGGGAGCGAGCUUCGCGCUCGCCCCGGCGAUGGCGGCGGCCAAAUUCGCCCCGCGGGAGGCUGCGAAGGCAGAGGUAAAACGUGCGUGGGCGAGCGUCACUCCCUUCUUGAAGAACUUCCAGGAGUGGGCGAACUUCGCCCCCGUGGAAGACUUCGAGCAACGCAGUG